UAACAUCUGGCUGUGUUUUAUUAGGGUUUUCAUUUCACUUGAAAAGGGUGUAAAAAAAAAAAAAUGACAAUUAGAAGCAAAACAAACACGAUCUUUAAAGAAAUGCUUCAUCAUCGACCAUUAUCCUCCUCCGUUUUCAUAUCACCGAUCCGUUUCACUUUACCUGGCUUAGACCGUUUAAGUAUCCAACGUUCAGUCAGCUUUGGCGGUGUUCGUUGCGCCGCCUCUGAUUCUGGCUCCGACAAGAAGGUAUCAGCUCGGCUGUCUCAAGUUCAGCAACUAUUGCAAGAAGCCGAGGAGCGAGCCAGCUCUGCUGGCAAUGACCCCAUCCCUAAAAUUACGCUAGAUCAUGUGACUGUUAGCUUUGCUCGAAGUGGUGGGCCUGGAGGUCAAAAUGUGAACAAAGUGAACACUAAGGUGGACAUGCGUUUCAAUGUUAAAAAUGCGUACUGGCUGAGUGACAGGGUCAGACAGAGGAUUAUGCAAAUGGAGAAAAAUCGAAUAAACAAGGAUGGUGAAAUUGUAAUUUCUUCAACAAAGACUAGAACACAGAAGGGUAACGUUGAAGAUGCCUUGGGGAAACUACAGGCAAUCAUUGAUGCGGCCUCUUACGUCCCACCACCUCCUUCUGAAGAGCAGAAGAAGAAAAUUGCUAAGUUGGCUGCAAUCGGGGAGCAGAAACGCCUUAAAAGUAAAAAGACCCUUUCAGAUAAGAAGGCAUUUCGAAGAAGUCGGGACAGUUGGGACUGAUUUUCUGUACAUUAAGGUUUCAGUUUUUGAAUUGUUAUAUUCGUAAUGGCCAUCCUUGCCCUACAAUUCAGAGGGCCUCGGGAAAUUAUAGACUACUGGAGAGAAGUAGCAGUGCUUUUGGCCAUGUUUCUUAGUCAAAAUUAUUAGAUAUCUUCUUGAUGUAAAAUUACAACAUUAUACUUUCAUUAAGCAUGCACUUGGUGAAUGUAUUGGGUUGGACCAAUUUCUUGGGAUUAGAGGUGGAAAAGCAGCCUACCAGGCUCGGCUCGGCUCGGCCCGACCCGACCCGACCCGACCUGCGGCGGGUUGCGUAGAGGACCGACCCGCCCGACAACAUUGGUAGGCUAGGUUAGGCCCGCCAAUGUUGGGGAAUUGGCUGGCCCAACCCGGACCGCCAACCCUAACCCGUCAGGUUAGGCUACGGGUUGGGUCGGGUUAACCCUCUUUUUGAUUUUUGAU